UCGGAAAAAAUUUCAAUGGCCGCCGCAACCGAGAAGCUCCCGCAGCUCAAAUCCGCCGUUGAUGGACUUACUGAGAUGAGUGCCAAUGAGAAGAGCGGAUUUAUCAACCUCGUUUCACGUUACCUCAGCGGUGAGGCUCAGCACAUUGAAUGGAGCAAGAUCCAGACACCUACUGAUGAGAUUGUUGUUCCUUAUGAUAAAAUGGCUAACGUCUCUGAAGAUGCUUCCGAGACCAAAUAUUUGUUGGACAAGCUUGUUGUGCUAAAGCUUAAUGGAGAUUUGGGAACAACAAUGGGAUGCACUGGUCCAAAAUCGGUUAUCGAAGUUCGUGAUGGUUUAACAUUUCUUGACCUGAUUGUUAUCCAGAUUGAGAAUCUGAACAACAAGUAUGGCUGCAAGGUUCCUUUGGUUCUUAUGAACUCAUUCAAUACACAUGAUGACACACAAAAGAUUGUGGAAAAAUACACCAACUCAAAUGUUGAUAUUCACACUUUUAAUCAGAGCAAGUAUCCUCGUGUUGUUGCUGAGGAGUUUGUGCCGUGGCCUAGCAAAGGAAAGAUCGACAAGGAUGGAUGGUAUCCUCCUGGUCAUGGCGAUGUAUUCCCGUCCCUCAUGAACAGUGGCAAGCUUGAUGCUUUCUUAUCACAGGGUAAGGAGUAUGUGUUCGUAGCCAACUCAGACAACUUGGGCGCUAUUGUUGACUUAAAAAUCCUGAAGCACCUGAUCCAGAACAAAAAUGAGUACUGUAUGGAGGUUACACCCAAAACCCUAGCUGAUGUAAAGGGAGGAACUCUCAUCUCUUAUGAAGGAAAAGUUCAGCUUUUGGAGAUUGCUCAGGUUCCUGAUGAACAUGUAAAUGAAUUCAAAUCAAUUGAGAAAUUCAAGAUUUUCAACACAAAUAACCUUUGGGUUAACUUGAAAGCGAUCAAAAAGCUUGUGGAAGCUGAUGCGCUUAAAAUGGAGAUCAUCCCAAACCCAAAGGAAGUUGAUGAAGUCAAAGUUCUUCAACUGGAAACUGCAGCUGGUGCUGCGAUAAGGUUCUUUGAUAAUGCAAUCGGUGUGAACGUACCUCGGUCACGGUUCUUGCCAGUGAAGGCAACUUCAGACUUGCUUCUUGUUCAGUCGGAUUUGUACACACUCGUCGAUGGCUUUGUCACAAGAAACAAAGCUAGGACAAACCCCACAAACCCAGCUAUUGAAUUGGGACCCGAAUUUAAAAAGGUAAAGAACGUUGGUUCCCUGUGUAGGAUAUCUAAAUAUAAAGUAUCUCACUCUAAUUGUAAUCCUGCUUCUGAAGCAAGAGCCUGUAACUUUAAUUUGAAAUAUAUACAAAGACAAAAUGAUUCUAACAUCCUAGUUGUAACUUUGAAAUAA